UUCUUCUCGCUCUCGGCAUUGGCUCUAACAAGAUCAUAGCUUGUAAACUAAAGCCAAUUCCCAAUUCUUAGCAUCAUCGACGAUCUAGGGUUUGUGCUUUAAUCUCAAGCUUUUAAGUGCAGUGAAUUUUACAUUUUAAGCUAACCUGUUGGAGAACUGAUAUGGAGAAUGAGGUGAUGGACUACGAUAUAGGUUUGGGAGGUUCAGGAGGUGGAGGUGAAGAUGAUGGCCUGUAUAUUGAACAGGAAGAGGAUGACCCAGUGGUUGAUGGUUCUCCCACUGCUGCCGGUAGUAGUGCUGGUGCUGGUGCUAUGGGUGGCUUCCAGGGCAGUGCCUCUUUAGAAACUUAUAUUCCUGAGGCAGACCCUGAUCUAGAACCUUACGAGGGGAUGGAAUUCGAAUCAGAGGAGGCUGCUAAGGCUUUCUACAAUUCAUAUGCCCGGCGUGUUGGCUUCAGUACCCGCGUCAGCUCCUCCCGUCGCUCCAGGAAGGAUGGGGCCAUCAUCCAGAGGUCCUUUGUUUGUGCUAAAGAAGGGUUCCGCAACUUGAAUGAGAAGCGCACCAAGGACCGAGAAAUCAAGCGUCCCCGGACCAUCACCCGUGUGGGUUGCAAGGCCUCUUUAUCUGUCAAGAUACAGGACUCUGGUAAAUGGCUUGUGUCCAACUUUGUCAGAGAGCAUAAUCACCAGCUGGUCCCCCCAGACCAAGUCCAUUGCCUCCGUUCUCAUCGCCAAAUCUCUGGUCCUGCCAAGACCUUGAUUGAUACCCUUCAGGCUGCUGGCAUGGGCCCCCGCAGAAUUAUGUCUGCUCUCAUUAAGGAGUAUGGCGGUAUUAGCAAGGUUGGAUUCACGGAGGUCGAUUGCAGAAAUUACAUGCGAAAUAAUCGUCAGAGGAGUCUCGAAGGAGAUAUUCAGCUGCUUCUGGAUUAUCUGAGGCAAAUGCAGGCUGAGAACCCCAAUUUCUUCUAUGCAGUUCAGGGAGAAGAGGAUCACGCUACUGGCAAUGUCUUCUGGGCUGAUCCUAAGGCCAGGGCCAACUAUACUUACUUUGGGGAUAUUGUCACGUUUGACACGACUUACAGGUCCAACAGGUACAGAUUACCCUUUGCACCGUUUACUGGGGUAAACCAUCAUGGACAGCCUGUUCUGUUUGGUUGUGCUUUCCUGAUAAAUGAGUCAGAAGCAUCAUUCGUAUGGCUUUUCAAGACCUGGCUUGCGGCUAUGUCUGGUUGUCCUCCAGUGUCCAUCACCACUGAUCAUGAUUCUGUAAUUCAGUCAGCUGUCAUGCAGGUUCUUCCUGACACUCGUCACCGUUUUUGCGAGUGGCAUAUAUUCAAGAAAUGCCAGGAGAAAUUGUCCCACGUAUUUCUUAAACAUCCAAAUUUUGAAGCAGACCUCCAAAAGUGUGUAAACUUGACAGAGUCCAUUGACGAGUUUGAGUCCUGUUGGUUCUCUCUUCUUGAUAAAUUUGAACUUAGGGAUCAUGAGUGGCUUCAGGCACUUUAUAGUGCUCGCAGUCAGUGGGUCCCUGUCUACCUGCGUGAUACAUUUUUUGCAGAAAUGUCUAUUACCCAGCGUAGUGACAGUAUGAACUCAUAUUUUGACGGUUAUGUGAAUGCAUCAACAAAUUUGAAUCAGUUCUUUAGAUUGUAUGAAAAAGCAUUGGAAAGUCGCAAUGAGAAAGAAGUUAAAGCAGAUUAUGAUACAAUGAAUACUUCACCAACUUUAAGAACCCCGUCUCCUAUGGAGAAACAAGCAUCUGAGCUUUACACAAGGAAACUGUUUACGAGAUUUCAGGAGGAGUUAGUAGGCACUUUGACUUUUAUGGCAUCCAAAGCAGAGGAUGAUGGAGAUGUCACUACGUAUCAGGUCGCGAAAUUUGGGGAGGACCACAGAGAUUACUGUGUCAGAUUUAAUGUUUUAGAGAUGAAAGCUUUUUGUAGCUGCCGAAUGUUUGAGUUUUCUGGCCUUCUUUGUAGACAUGUAUUGGCAGUCUUUAGGGUGACAAACGUUCUUACUCUUCCAUCACAUUACAUCUUGAAGCGAUGGACGAGAAAUGCCAAGAGCAGUGUUCUAUUAGAAGAACAUAUUAGUGAUGUAUUUAGCAGCUACCUGGAGUCACAUACUGUUCGAUAUAACACUUUACGGCAUGAAGCCUUAAAAUUUGUAGAUGAAGGAGCAGAAUCUGUUGACUUGUACAAUGUGGCAAUGGCAGCUCUGGCAGAGGCUUCUGAGAAAGUUGACCUGGAGACAAAAAAUGAGGGGAGGAUUUCUGCAAAUAAUGGACGUUUUAGGGAUGACUCUAGGAGGAAUGGGAUCCAGGCAAAUCAUAAAAACCGGGAUCAAAAUAAAGGCAGCUUUGCCCAACAACUUUCUGAGGAAGACAUGGAUACGAAAAUUCAUGAACUUAUGCAAGAGGUGGAAUCUGCUAAUCGAAGAUGUGAAGUUUAUCGUGGAAAUCUUCUCUCGGUUUUGAAGGAUAUAGAGGAACAUAAGCAGCUACUGUCCAUUAAAGUCCAGAAUGUCAAACUUAGCAUGCGGGAUGGUCCUCAAAAGGCUAUUUUGUCUGAGUCUGUCUGGAAAACUAGGAUGCUGAAGGCAUAAAGAUUGCUUAUCGUGAUUCAUUUGGGUGCUGACCCCAUAUACUGGAAGCUUUGUCUGUUGCUUCCUGCCAGGACUUUUGAUGUGGAAGAGUGAAGCUAUUGGGUGGUGCUUAUAUGAAAGGGUUGUUAGUCAAUCUCUGUUUCUCAAGUAUCCCCAGAAACAUGAAGGUUACUCACUUAGAUGUGGCAGCAAAUUUUCAUCAACAGGGUGAUGCUUAAGUAUGCAUUUUUGGUUUGGGGCUUAAUGGCUUAAGCCAAGCAUUUAAGCAGAUGGGUUUGCUCCAUCUAUGUUAGCCUCUCCAGGACGCUGCCCUUCCUUGAAAAGGACUCAAAGGAAGGUGAACCAUUGUUAUUUGAUCCCCUAAUUUUGCAUGACGAGAAUAGGGCAGCUAAAACUAUCAAAAUGAUGAUGUGCAUCAAGAUGAAGAGUUGAAGGUGGUGAGCCGGAAAAUGAUUCAAGGUUAUAGAGAUUUCUCUAGCAAAAUGCUGGCAGCUGUUAGGUGGAAAAUUCAGCAGCGAAUUGGAUUGGCAUAGAUGCAGAUGUUGAUCUGAAGUAGAAUGAGCAUCCUGAUAGGUCCAGAUUGGUCCAGAGAAUGUUGUGAGGUGUAUCAACUUUGAUUUGCUGGAAACUGCUUUGCGCAUCAAAUUAUCAGUUGGAGAAAGAGAUGUCAGCUGCAGGCUUAGGAACCUCCAGUUUAAAGCCACUGGCUUGCAGUUGGCUUUGGCUACUUUAAAAGCCUAUGUUGAUGGUGUUCUCGUGGGAUCAGCUCAGAAUCAUCGGAAGAAAAUGGCACAGAUUGGCUGCCCAAAACGCCCUUGUUACGCUAAAUGAGAAGGCAGCUGAAGCGAAGAACAACUCUGAUGAUGGGGAGAAGAAAAUUAUAAAAAAAAAAAAAAAAGGAAUGGCAGCCAAUUUGCCUUUUAAAAGGUAAUUGUUUUGGAAAGAUUGGCCAAUCCCUUUUUUCGGACAAGGAAAUGAGUUGCCAAUCAUGUUUUUGUAGUGUGAAGUGAAAUUCUUUGCUUUAGUUGUAAAUUCAAUUUCUUAUGGUAUUUUGACUUAGGUCCUAUCUUCCAUUCCAUUAUUUGUAAAUUUUCUUUUCCUUGUACUUUCUCU